AUGACGAUGUCAUUCAAAGCAGUACUGUGGAUUUUGUGUCUCAUUACUAAGGCCACUGAGUUUUCACUUUCGCUUGAGGGGUCAGAUUUUGUCACUGAGACUGUGAGGAAUUUUCUUCAGUGUCAGAAUUUGUGCGAUCGGCGAUCUCUGUGCAAAUCUGUGAAGUACAAUCCGAGGACCCGAGAGUGUACGUCAAACUUCCACGACUCCUUAACGUCAGAUUCGACUUUAGGUUCUACAGACCCAGGCGCUGUAUUUUCAGAAAAACGUUCCUUCCCGAAGGAUAGUGGUGUCUGUGGUGACCGUUCCUGUGAAGACAGCCACGUGUGUACCCAGUUAGGAACGAAAGCAGAAUGUGUGACAGACGAAAUUAAUUGUGGCGAGCCUCCUGAUGUUCCAAAUGCGAGCAAGUCAACGCUCGGAACCUCCCUGGACUCUGUAUCCAGCUACAGCUGUAACAUCGGCUACAGCGUGGCUAGUGGAACAACGACGUCAACGUGUGACGUCACAAGAAGAUGGACUCCAACCAACCUGACAUGUGCUGAAAUUGAUUGUGGGGAGCCUCCCGAUGUUCCAAAUGCCAGCAAGGCUGUGACCGGAACCAAGUUUAAUUCAGUGUCCGACUACAGCUGUAACGUUGGAUACGCCGUUUCUAACGGAACAACGACGUCAACGUGUGAAGUGUCUGGUAGCUGGAGCGAGACAAACUUGUCAUGUAUCGAAAUUGAUUGCGGGGAGCCUCCCGAUGUUCCAAAUGCCAGCAAGGCUGUGACUGGAACCAAAUUAAAUUCACUUUCCGCCUACAGCUGUAACGUUGGAUACGUCGUUUCUAACGGAACGACAACGUCAACAUGUGAAUUGUCUGGAAGCUGGAGCGAAACAAACUUGUCAUGUAUUGAAAUUGAUUGUGGGGAGCCUCCCGAUGUUCCAAAUGUCAGUAAGACUGUGACUACAACCAAAUUCAACUCACUUUCCAACUACAGCUGUAACAUUGGAUACGUUGCUUCUAACGGAAUGAUGACGACGACGUGUGAGUCAACUGGUAGCUGGAGCGAGACAAAUUUAUCGUGUAUUGAAAUUGAUUGCGGGAAGCCACCCGAUGUCCCUAAUGCCAUCAAGGCUGUGACUGGAACGACAUUUAAUUCAGUUUCCAACUACAGCUGUAACGUUGGAUACGCCGUUUCUCAGGGAACGACCACGUCAACGUGUGAAUUGUCUGGUAGCUGGAGCGAGACAAACUUGUCAUGUAUCGAAAUGGAUUGUGGGGAGCCUCCCGAUGUUCCAAAUGCCACCAAGGCUGUGACCGGAACCACAUUUAAUUCGGUUUCCGACUACAGCUGUAACGUUGGAUACGCCGUUUCUAACGGAACAACGACAUCAACGUGUGAAUUGUCUGGUAGCUGGAGCGAGACACACUUGUCCUGUAUCGAAAUUGAUUGUGGGGAGCCUCCCGAUGUUCCAAAUGCCAGUAAGACUGUGACUACAACCAAAUUCAACUCACUUUCCAACUACAGCUGUAACAUUGGCUACGUCGUUUCUAACGGAAUGAUGACGACGACGUGUGAGUUGUCUGGUAGCUGGAGCGAGACAAAUUUAUCGUGUAUUGAAAUUAAUUGCGGGGACCCUCCUGAUGUUCCAAAUGCCAGCAAGGCUGUGACUGGAACGACAUUUAAUUCAGUUUCUAACUACAGCUGUAACGUUGGAUACGCCGUUUCUCAGGGAACGACCACGUCAGCGUGUGAAUUGUCUGGUAGCUGGAGCGAGACUAACCUGUCAUGCAUCGAAAUUGAUUGCGGGGUGCCUCCCGAUGUUCCAAAUGCCAGCAAGGCUGUGACUGGAACCACAGUUAAUUCAGUUUCCGACUACAGCUGUAACGAUGGAUACGCCGUUUAUAACGGAACGACGACGUCAACGUGUGAAUUGUCUGGUAGCUGGAGCGAGACAAACUUGUCAUGUGUCGUGGAUUGCGGAAUUCCAUCAGUACCACAUGGCAAUAUUACAUAUGAGUCAACCACUGUGAACAGCCAAGCGUCAGUGGUGUGUGACGAGUUUUUCCAGUUGUUUGAUAACACCAGUCCAGCCAAGUGUGACACAAACGGACAGUGGGACGGAUUUGGGGCGUGUCGACAGGUCGAAUGGAGAAAUAAGAGCACGGACUUCAAAGCUAAUCUACCAGAACCCAUGAGGAAUGGAUGGGAGAUGGUCCUGAAUGGAAUACCGAAGGAGUCCAACAAGCAUUUUACUAUAAACAUCGAAGACUCGUCGUCUGUCCAUCUGCACUUUGACGUGCGAUUUAACGUCUAUGACCAGUAUGAACUAAUCCUAUUCAACACUAAGCAGGAUGCUGACUGGGGAGAUGCCGAGGAGGUCACUGACUUUCCGUUUGAAGAACUUGUUCCUUUCGAAAUUCGAAUAAAACUGGUGCCUGGCGCGUUUCAGAUUACGGUCGAUGGCGAACACCUUUACGAUUACAAUUUGAGAACAAAGCCUGCAGAUAUCACUGAUGUUAAUUUUCUAGAUGACUUGAUCAUUACCCAGAUCAAAUACAUUAUAUAAAUAUUGAUCGCAUAUAGUAUACAAUGUAUACGCCUCACUCAUAUAUAUGAAGUGUACACUGGACUAAUCUACGAUAACACACUUUUGGUAUUUUGAGAUAAUUAAAGUUUAAAGUUUACAAA